CAGGAGCGCUUCGACGCGAUGCUGGAACAGGACGGCGCCGAGAACGAGCAGGAACUGAGGGACCUCGACGCUCAGCACCGGCAGGAGAUGGAGGACCGCCGCGCAGACGAGUACCGGCUGAAGAAGGAGCAGGACAUGCUGCUGCGCGGGCUCGACAUCAAGGAGAAGGAGCGCGAGCGUUUCCUGCGCGAGCAGGCCGAGAGCACCGACAUGCACGCGCAGCUGCGCUCCGAGGCCGAGUCGCUCCAGCGCGACGUGGGCCGGCUGAAGGUGGAACAGCGGGAGCGCGAGAUGUCGCUGAAGGAGAAGGAGCUGGACAUCGGCCACUACAAGUCGAAGGUGAACACGCUGAACAAAUUCAAGAUGGUCCUGGCCUCCAAGCUUCGCGAGGUGGAGCUCUCGCUGCAGCCGAAGGACGACAAGAUAGAAGAGCUUACCGCGCAGCUGAGGGAGCUCGAGGCGGAGUUCGAGAACCAGCUGAACUCGCAGAAGGAGAUGGAGGCCUCCCUCAAGGGCAGGAAGGACGAGUGCGACCGCCUCCGCGCGGAGGGCGUCCGGCUUCGCGAGGAGGCUCAGCGAAAGAACCGCGCCAUCGACAGGUUCCACGACGCCCUGGAGAAGCUCGUCUGCGGGGAGCAGGACGUGCGGAGGUGGCCGGCGGGCAUCAAGGCGAUCUAUGCCGAGCACGUCGACCGCCGCCACCUGCCCCCGACGGGGGGCGGCGGCACCCUGCCCACCCAGGAGCUCCGGAGGCAGAUCGACCUGCUGGAGCGAAAGGCGAGCACGCUGAAGAGGACGUGCGACCAGCAGGAGGCGUCUUCGAAGGCUGACAAAGCCCAGAAGACGGAGGAGAACCAGGCGCUCAUCCUGGAGCUGGACGCGCUGCGCCGGGACCGGGACGCGCUGCGCUUCCAGGC